UUACAGAGCCAUGCGCCAUACUCCUCCCACGCGUUCACCUACUCCAGACGCCAAGCGAACUUGCACCGAAAUUCCCAGUGACAAGGCUGGACCUUCAACGAGUUCAUGGACCCGACACCCUGUCCAUUAUGGCAAGGGAAUACAUCUUGCACCUAUGGUUCGCUCUGGCACCAUGCCCACAAGACUGCUAGCACUAGAAGCAGGUGCGGAGCUCGUAUGGACUCCUGAGACGGUCGACAGGGCUAUCAUUGGAUGUGAACGGAGAGUUGAUCCCAAGACGGGGGUCAUCACGUACAUCAAAUCCCACAAGCCAGUUCUGACCCUACAUCCAGUUGAGCGCCCACGACUCAUCUUCCAACUGGGGAGCGCGAAUCCCGACCUCGCCGCUGAAGCAGCCAAAAUCAUUUAUCAAGAUGUCGCGGGCAUCGAUCUGAACUGCGGCUGUCCAAAACAUUUUUCCGUGCACGCCGGCAUGGGCGCUGGUCUACUACUGGACCCGGACAAGCUCUGUGCAAUUCUACAAGCUAUUCGUGCUUCCAUCCCCCCAGAGGUGCCGGUCUCGUGCAAGAUCCGAAUGCUUCCCAGUCAGGAAGAUACUUUAAGUCUUGUGCGGCAGAUCGCGGACACCGGCACUAUCAAUUGCUUGACGGUCCAUUGUCGAACCCCGCCCAUGCGAGACCGGGAACCUGCAAUGAAACACCGCCUAAAAGACAUCGUCCAGAGCGUUGGAAAGAAGGUUGUUGUGGUCGAGAACGGGGAUUGCGUCGGCUACGAGAGCGCGCAGCAGAUAUUGCAACAAACCACUGCAAGGGCCGUCAUGAUUGCCCGUGCUGCUGAAGCCAAUCCCACCUGCUUCCUACCGGACGGACCAAAGGAUGCUGAAACCUACCUUAUUCCUAGAUAUGUACGCCUGGCAAAAUAUUUGGACCAUCACUGGUCGAACACAAAGUUCUGCUUGGCACAGUUUACAUCCCCAGAUCCCCACCUGGGUAAGCACGGACGACUUGAGUGGAAGAAGGCGAUCAACGGAGCCAAAUCCUACGAAGAACUCAGGCUCCUGUGGGGCAAGGAAGCUGGUUUCUUCGAAGGUGGGGAAGAAAUCCUGGCAGGGAUUCAGCAUGCCCUCCGUGCACGAGGGCGAUCUGCACCUGAGUUGGGAGUGCUCUCCACCCCAGGGCCGGCGCUUUCACAACAAAGCGCGUCAUCUGUGAUAGAUCCGGCUCCGCCAGAUCCCAUUCUGGUACGAGAGAUCCAAGCAGUUGUGUAGCGUACAGCAUUCUUCGAUGUGAGAGAGCUCACUCAUCUCACCCAUUGUAACAAUGAUGUACUAAGCUGGUAAAUGGCAAUGACGG